AUUGUAAUAAUCUUAUAACGUUCACAUUCACCGUCCUUUUGGUGUUUAUUUCGGAAUUUUUGCGUUUAGUUGUGAUGCCAUGUAGAAAUAUAAUGCUAACAUUUGUGGCAUCGGCUUUGAGAUGGCAGUAUCGCCUUUUCUACUAUUAAACCCCUACGCUUUCAAUAUGAUCAAUUUAGAAAGUGCUUGUACAUUUGCUAAAUCCAGAAAUUAUAAGGAAAGCUGUAGUGUAUCGAGUGUACGACGCAUUGGUGUUCGUGUGUGUAUAUAGAGUGCGAGCAUCAGGCGUUGGCUUGCCAACGAUGUCUGGCAUUACAUUAACUAAAUUAACUCAAGGACGAAUUUCCAUUCCAAACAACAAUGUCAUCACGUACGGCGUCGAAAACAGCAUAGGCAGUGACACGCUGAGUGGUACUCUGACUCAUCUUAUGGAAGAGCAUCGCACGCGGGUGGGAGCGGUAACUGGACCAGAAGCAGCUACCACGUCUACAGACGGACUAAUAUCGAAUGGAACAGAGCGAUUGCGACUUCAAGGAAGUCGGCUUCAGAAUUCUCGCUUUGCUUGCUUUCGAUGUUGCGGAAACAUUAUCACUUAUCUAGUAAGGCUGCGUAGUACACCUGAGGAGCUGGAUCAGCGUUACAAGUCCAAGGAGAUUGAUAAGUUCCUGGAAAAAGAAAAACACACAUUUCGGCGUCAGGUAAAACUGCUGCUUUUAGGUGCUGGAGAAUCUGGAAAGUCAACUUUUCUUAAACAGAUGCGAAUUAUUCAUGGGGUUAACUUUGAUUAUGAACUGCUGCUGGAAUACCAAAGGGUCAUAUACCAAAACGUUAUACGAGGUAUGCAAGUCUUAUUGGACGCUCGCGAAAAGCUAAACAUUGCGUGGGGAAGUGACGGCAGAGAACAGGAUGCUUAUUAUGCCAAAUUGAUGGAAUGUAGUUCACUAGACCUACCCAAGUUUAUGGAGUAUGCACCACCAAUAAGCCGACUGUGGCAAGAUCGCGGCAUUAGAAGAGCUUUUGAAAGAAGACGAGAAUUUCAAAUUAGCGAUUCUGUUAGCUAUUUCCUAGACGAGAUUGAACGGCUAGCUACACCAGAUUAUGUGCCAACGCACAAAGAUAUUUUGCAUUGCCGGAAGGCAACUAAAGGGGUUUAUGAGUUUUGUGUGAAAGUUCAGAACAUUCCAUUUGUGUUCGUCGAUGUUGGUGGGCAGCGAACUCAACGUCAAAAAUGGACAAGAUGUUUUGAUAGCUCCGUAACGUCCAUUAUAUUUCUCGUAUCUAGUUCGGAGUUUGAUCAAGUUCUUGCGGAAGACAGAAAAACCAAUCGUCUCGAAGAGUCAAAGAAUAUAUUUGAUACAAUUGUCAACAAUGCGACAUUUAAAGGAAUAUCAAUUAUUUUAUUUCUGAACAAAACAGACUUGCUUGAACAAAAAGUUCGUAAUCCUGAGACUGAUAUUCGCUGGUACUAUCCACAUUUCAACGGAAAUCCACACUCAGUUUUAGAUGUUCAGAACUUCAUACUACAAAUGUUUAUGAGCGUUCGUCGCAGUAGCAGCAUAAGUAGGAUCUAUCAUCACUUUACCACAGCCAUAGAUACACGUAAUAUUAAUGUUGUAUUUAAUUCUGUUAAGGACACAAUACUUCAGCGUAACCUUAAUGCUCUUAUGCUUCAAUAGAAACCACCAUUCUUACAAACAAAUUUAAGAUAUUUAAGAAUUUGUAGUUAUUUUAAACGACCCAUAAACAGAAUUUUGUAAUCCUGAGGCUGACACUUGCUGGAGCUAUUCUCAAUGGGAAGUACACCCGUUUGGGGUUUCCAAUGCCUAAGAUACGUGAAAUUAAGCUUCUUUUGGUAACUAUGGUAAAUAACUAUAUAUAAAAUUAUAAAAAAAGAGACUACAGCAUUUUUAUGUGCAUUUAGACCUAUUCAAACCCAUCGGCAAACUUAGUUAUCGUGGUAUUUGUGAUAUAAUAAUAUAAAUAACAACUUUUUAGCA